UGGUAUCGCCCAGAUUGUAACUGUUUCUCUUUGUAGGUUUCCUGUGCAGUUUCUUUGAGGACUGACCAUGGCGGCCACAGAGAUCGCUCUGCAGAUGGGUGACGGGUGCCGUACUCUUCCUCUUUCUGGACAUGUGGGAUUUGACAGCCUGCCGGACCAGCUGGUUAACAAAUCAAUUAAUCAUGGCUUUUGUUUCAAUAUCCUCUGUGUGGGUGAAACCGGUCUUGGAAAAUCCACCCUUAUGGAUACAUUGUUUAACACAACGUUUGAGGGGGAACAGAGUUCUCACUCUCAGCCUGGAGUUCAGUUGAAAUCCUGCACUUAUGAUCUCACAGAGAGUAACGUACGUCUGAAAAUGACUAUAGUCAAUUCCAUAGGAUUUGGGGACCAAAUUAAUAAGGAAGACAGUUACAAGUCCAUUGUGGAGUUCAUUGACUCCCAGUAUGAAGCCUACUUGCAGGAAGAGCUGAAGAUUAAGCGAGUUCUUCAUAACUACCACGAUUCUCGGAUUCAUGCGUGCCUGUACUUCAUUGCCCCCACUGGCCAUUCCCUGAAAUCUAUAGACCUGGUCACUAUGAAGAAACUGGACAGCAAGGUCAACAUCAUUCCUAUCAUUGCAAAGUCAGACUCCAUUUCCAAACAUGAGCUAACUAAAUUUAAGAUUAAAAUCACGAGUGAGUUGGUCAGUAAUGGUGUGCAGAUCUAUCAGUUUCCCACGGAUGAUGAAACUGUGGCAGAAAUUAAUGGAACAAUGAAUGCUCACUUACCGUUUGCAGUUGUUGGGAGCACAGAGGAAGCCAAAAUUGGAAACAAAAUGAUGAAGGUCCGGCAAUACCCAUGGGGCACUGUUCAAGUUGAAAAUGAAUCGCACUGCGACUUUGUAAAGUUACGAGAAAUGCUUAUACGGGUGAACAUGGAAGAUCUGCGGGAACAGACACACACGCAUCAUUAUGAGUUGUACCGACGGUGCAAGAUGGAUGAAAUGGGCUUCAAAGACACAGACCCUGACUGUAAACCAUUCAGCCUACAAGAGACAUAUGAAGCAAAAAGAAAUGAGUUUCUGGGUGAAUUGCAGAAGAAAGAGGAAGAAAUGAGACAAAUGUUUGUGCAAAGGGUUAAAGAGAAGGAAGCAGAAUUAAAAGAAGCAGAAAAAGAGCUUCAUGAAAAGUUUGAUCGCUUGAAGAAAUUACACCAGGAGGAGAAGAAGAAGCUUGAGGAUAAAAAGAAAAGUCUGGAGGAUGAAGUCAACGAAUUCAAGAAACGCAAGACCGCAACAGAAUUACUCCAGUCCCAAGCACAACAAGCAGGAGGAUCACAGACCCUAAAAAGGGAAAAGGAGAGGAAAAAUAACCCUUGGCUGUGCACUGAGUAGUCUUCUACAGUGAUGGAAGAUGCCUUUUCUAAAUUAGCAUCUAUAUCCUGUUUAUCAUUUUUGAUCCAAGAUCAAAUCUGUAUGCUAGUUUAGACCUACUUUUUUUUUUUUUUUUUUUUUUUGUCACCAUUGUUUUCUUUUUUGUCAUUUUGAAAAGGUUACAUAAAUAAUGGGGCAAAAGUAGAAAGUAGAACCAUUGUACAUAGUCGUCUUUUAUUAACGAUUCUCAGACCUGCAAUGGGAAGAUGAAACAAGGAAUGUUGGUGCUAUUUACAACAGCUUAAAUGGAGAGUAUAGUGUCAUUUCAGUGAGUUUAUAUUUUGGGUUCUUAUUGUGAUCUUUGCCUUAAAGUUAUUUGUUGAAUAACUUUCACAUAAGAAUUUUAGAUCAGCAAACACUGGCUUACUCAAGUUUCUCUAUUGGGUGGAUGUAUAGGACUGCAAAAGCAGGAGGCGGAGUCUGCUUCUGGUAAUAGGGACAUGGUGGUUUUCUAAGUACAUACAGAAUUUAAAAAUACAGUUAAAAUAUAUAUAUUAUAAUCUGAUGUAUUUUGGAAAAAAAAUACUGAAAACCCAAAACCUUCCUAUUAAGCUUCCGCCAAGGUGUCAUCCCAACAGUAAACCCAAAAACCUAAAAUGUAAAAAAAAAAA